AUGGCAAUACACGCCGACUUCCAAGGUCGCCACGAUCCUAAUUCUGCUGUCAAGACGUCUUCAUCGGGGCACACAGGCCGCCCUCCACCGGAGGGUGCUUCGCCCCUGUUCUUGUCAGCACCCUCGUCCCCUCUGCCCUCGCCGGGCACACAGGGACACCAUGCAUUCACGCCGCCAGAGCGACCACCAGACUUGACUCGUACCGCCCCCAAAAGACGAAGAGCCCUUCACGAUGUUGACGGCCCUUUUACCGGAUCUCUGGGCUGCAAAAAACGCCGACUUCGCCGCGACCUCAUCACUUCCAGGCUGUCACGACCGUACUCGUCCCCGGCCACCCACAUAUUGAACCGUGAGGCGGCAGCCGGGGCCAAACGCUUCCUCAAGAUGGCGGCGGCGGCGGCGGCCAAGAAGCUUACGACCGUAGUGGUACCCACACCACCCACGGGCGACUGGAACUCGGGCCGGGCGGUGGCAGCGGCCCAGGUGGCCACCGUCGUUCCCGCGAACAGCAUCCACCACCUUGCGCCGGCCGAGAUGGUGCGGCGGGCAGCCAUCAUGAACAGAUUCAGAAUCCGGGUGUGUGACGAGGCGAGGGAACGAGGAGACCGAACUGAUCUCGAGCUGACGGCUGGUGCUGCUCUCCUGAGGGCCGGGCCGGGUUCGCAUGGGGUGGGGUUUGUGACAACUUCGAAGGUCGUGACGGCGCCCAGGCCUCCGGACCCACCAGCACAGGAGCAAAGCAGCAGGCACAUCGGCGCCGCAGCACACUGGGCCACCGCAGCACCCCCCUCGAGGGCUGCUCAGCUGACGGCCACACCCAGUGUCGCCGAAUCUUCCUCAGCAGUCCACCCCGCUGGGCCGGCUGUCCGCUGGUCACCGCCGAGCAAUCUCAGCAAGCAUGCAAGGCCUUGCGAUGCUGGGCGAGUGUCGCCGCGCCUGAGGCCUCUGAGAUCACCCGAGCUGACAGCACAGCGCAGCCAUGCCGAUUUCGGUGGGUUGGACGAAGACGAGCUCAGCUUCCCGGCGACGGACUACUCGGAUGACUUCCUGGAGAACGAGUCAGACGAGGUAUACACUGACUUCGGGGCCAUCUUCGGUGGCGGUCGUUGUGGUGAUGCGGCGGAUGGGAGUGAAACCAUUGGCGAGGGUAAAGGACCUGCCAGCGAGGAUGGGCACGGUGGUGGCGAGCACUUUGAGGAUUAUAUGGAUGACUUGGAUGGUAUCCCAUGGGGCGCGAGAUGA